GCUGCCUAUCUAGACAGCGUUUUGGGCAUAAUAGGGCAUAAUUUAUGUUAUCUAUGUUUCCAUCAAUUAUGUUUAGGAAUGUGGUAAGUUCUGAGGCAGAUAGUGAAAGUAACUUCCGGUGCGUGUUGCGUGGCUGUAAAGCAGCUUUGUUUGAGUUCAGUGAUUGCGGCAGCGGGCAGGCGCUCCUCUGACUGCCGCAGACACCGACGACAAGCCGAGCCAAAUGAACGCUCUCAUUUCCCCUAGACAUGACAGCGCGGUAAUGAGGCAGUAUUUCGAAACCCAAUCCUCACGACACAUGGAUACCGUUCACAGGAAAAUAUUACAAAAGUGAAAAGCUGUUACCGCGAGCUCUAUUUUGUACUGAAUUGGAGUGGACCGUUAGCUUAGCUGGCUAGCACAUACAUAUUUUGUCUCUGCUCCGGCGUUCUGUUUGCCCGUUGCCGUACAGCAGAGAUGGGAAUCAUUUUCACGAAGUUAUGGAGGCUUUUUAACCACCAAGAGCACAAAGUCAUUAUUGUUGGGCUGGACAAUGCAGGGAAGACCACCAUCCUUUACCAGUUCUCUAUGAAUGAGGUGGUCCACACUUCACCAACUAUAGGAAGCAAUGUGGAAGAGAUUGUGGUCAAUAACACACAUUUCCUUAUGUGGGACAUCGGAGGACAAGAAUCACUGCGUUCCUCUUGGAACACUUAUUACACUAAUACAGAGUUUGUGAUCGUGGUGGUGGACAGCACAGACAAAGAGCGAAUCUCAGUAACCAAAGAGGAGCUCUACAGGAUGUUAGCCCAUGAGGAUCUGAAAAAAGCUGGUUUGUUGAUAUUUGCCAACAAGCAAGAUGUGAAGAGUUGUAUGACUGUUGCUGAGAUUUCCCAGAGUUUACAGCUUACCUCUGUCAAAGACCAUCAGUGGCACAUCCAGGCCUGUUGUGCACUCACCGGGGAGGGGCUCUGCCAGGGUCUAGAGUGGAUGAUGUCACGGCUACGAGUAAGAUGACCACUGACCUCAGAUUGCAGCGUGCUCUCUCACUCUUUCCCACCGGGCGUGGAGGUCGGUUGUCACUUACUGUGAAGGUGACUCGGCAACGUCACCAGAACUUGUUUCAUUAAUUUAUUACAGAUAAUUGAGAACUGUGAACAAAAAUCUGCAACUAACUUACUAAAUUAUGUCAGGACUUGUAAGACAGCAUAAAUCCAAGUGUUUUUCUGCAUGGAUGUCAUGGAGUUUUAUAGGGUGGUACAGACCUUGGUCUAAGAGGACUUGUCUCUAGCUGAGUGGAUCCCUGCCUGGAGUGGCCUUGCAGAUUUUCCCAACUACCUGACAUGGUGUCGCCCCGUGUGUACAGUCCAGUAUUUUCAUUAACCUUGUGCCUGCACCUGACAUUCUGUCUUCACUGGGCUAAGGAGGCAAGAUACCAUGUGGGGGGUGGGGCUGCACUCAUGUAAAAUACAGUUAAAUAAAGUGUUUUUAUCUGUCAUGACAGAGGUUUCACCUUUUAUUCUCUACAGAUUUUCUUAUUACAGCUUAUUAAAACUUGAUCUGAAUUUUAAGAAUUGUUUGCAGAAAAUUCACAAUGUUGAAAUGUUGCAUUUCAUAUGUUUGUUUUUUACCUCUAGGGGGCGACACAUUGUUUGCGUAGACAACUUCUGAAAUCAGUUUAACCUGAAAGGAAUAGCUGAUAUGUGUCAGGAUAAGAGUUCAGUAAGAAACCAGGACACUAUUCAGGGCUGACUAAAGUUAAUAUGGAAAUGUAUAUUGACAUGAUAGUAUUUUAAUAUAUGCUUAUACCAAUAUUGCAGAAUUUAUAUGCCAGUCCUGCUUAAUUUUGAAAAGAUAAGUUCUCCUUUUCCAGUUCAAUUUGCAGAGACUACCUAAUGUGAAUUAUAAGACUUUCUCUGACUCCGAGGAUAAGACACCUGAUUUCGCUAAUUAUUUAAACUCAAUUUUGACCAAAGAAAUGUUCUUUAUUUAUUUAUUUUUUAAAUCAGGCUUUGUGCUGCUAAUGGUACUUAACUUGUAAUUUACUGCAAUGUCUUCUUUUGAUCAGCCAAUCAAAUUGGUAAUGUGGAGCUUCUUGUCCUCACCUCCGGAAGAGUCUCACCAAAGGAUGACCUCGUAACUCCAGUCUCUGUUAAUGAGGAGUGAGAUAACUGUCCUUACAGUGAUUCUAGAUCCAUUUGAAGACAGGACAGCACUGUUUUGGUAAUACUCAUAAGCUCUUAGUGUAUUAAAGCACAAGUGUACAUUGUUACCUUUCUGAAAAUUCCCCUACUUUCACGAGACUAAACACUUUAGAGCCUGAGAACUAUUUCUACUCAAAUUUUGACCUGCUUUCUGACAAGUGGUAGUGCUGAUUGUGUAGACAGUUACUUUUAUUUCAAGUUUCAUUUCAUGAUUUAUUGUAAACAGGCUGUCUCUAUCACAGCAUCUUCAUUUAGUCCAUGAUCAAUGUUGAGAUGAUGUUUUAUUUAAACAGGUGCCAUCCAAGUUGUGUCAAUACCCAUCCUCAGCUGUUCAGAUCCCCCCUAUAAUAGCUGCUACUCAUUUUUUCCAGUGAUUAAACU